CCGCCCCAGGACGAGGAUGCACUGAGCCCGCGGAGCCAUGGCCUCGGCAGGGGCGGAGAGGCGGCCGGGGUUCCAGGAGGCGACGGUCGUGGGGCAGGCACUGCUCGCGGAGGACCCUGGCCGCGCUCAGACCUCUGAGUGUCCAGUGACGGGAGACCAGUUCCUGGUGCCAGCCCAUGAGGCCGGUGGGACCCAUGGUGAAGACCAGCCCCCAGCAGGAGCCUCCUCAGAGCCGGAGCUCCAGGAGGAAGGACCCAAACUGGGGGAAGAGAGGCCCAAGCCAGAGGCUGGGGCACUAGAGGAGAGAGGCCCCAGGCCCGUGGUCUCUGUAAGGCCCCAUCAUGGUCCAAAGAGGAAGCCUGUCAAGUCCCUCAGCCUCCCAGGCCACCAUGCCCAUCUGAGGGCUGAAGCUGAGCUGCCACCCAGGCUGCUGCUGCAGGAGGAGGAGCGAGAGGGUAGCCAGAGUGAGGUCUCAUCAUCUGCCAAACAGCACAAAAAAGCCAAGAAGCGCAAGAGCCUGGGGGCUCCUGUGCUCCACUCUGUGGCCAGCACGGCGUCUGCAUCCUUAGAGAUGUUGGGGCUGGAGCCCUCCGCCCUGUCCCGGGUCUUUGCAGGAAAGGUCCAGCGCCUGCGGCCCCUGUACCAGUACAUCAACUAUUCCAACCCUGAGCUGAACCAGGUGGGGGAGGGGGACAGGGAGGCCGAGGUGGAUGCAGAGGCAGAGCUGGCCCUGGUUCCUGAGGAGGCAGGUGUGGAGCAAUUGCAGGCCUUGCUGCCCUUGGCAGGUAAGCUGGGCCCGGGCCUCACUUUGCCCUGUCCCAGUCCGUUAGUGCCCCCCACCCAUGCUUUGGCUCCCCUUGGAGAGGAGGCUGGAGAAGAGCCUGGGGGCCUGCCCUGCUUUGGGGUGAGUGACCACCUCAAGGCUGAGGUGGAGAAAUCAACCCAGGUGGACAUCAACAAGAUGCUAAGUGUCUGCAAUGCUCCGCUUGUCCCCCCGCUCUCUCCUCAGUACAAGUGACUGUCCUGCCCCAUUGGUGGCUCCCCUCCUUCCAAGCCUGAACUUGGCUUCAGGCUUCCUGUGGACCUAGGCCCUCUGGUGAAGGGGCAAAUUUGGUACCUGCCCUCACUUGGGAUUUUGGGCUUGCUGAAAAUAAACAUUUUUCUUUUUCAAA